GGUCGGCCCAAAAAGUUCUGGCAACACUGCUGCACGCUAUAAUUGGCUGCAUUUGUCUACCUUCUCACUCACUGUUUCGACUGAUAAUAUUAUUGGAUACGUGGAGAAGCAUACAUGCAUACACGAGAAGCACAUCUUAUGCUAUAAACUCAUUAAAAAAGAUAUGAAUGCGGAUUAUUUUAGGUGUAUAAACUUUAAGCUGGGCGUUAGUGAACAUAAUUAUGAGAAACUGCUGAAGCCCGAGAUUUGGCCGGAUAAUGCAUCUAUUCGUCCGUUUCGUUUUUUCCGCAAGGAUGAAAAUCAACCGCCACAGAAUUAGCUGUUCAUUCCUGUCCUAAUAAGCUUGUAAAAAUCUAUUAUGAAAACGCUUCGGGAAUAAGAAGUAAGUCCGACGAUAUGCGAAUGCUGAGCUCAUAUUUUGAAUACGAUGUUUUUGUUGUAAGUGAGAUUUGGCUCAACUCAAAUUUCUACGAUGCUGAGUUCUUCGAUUCGAACCUUUACGCAAUCUUCCGUAAAUAGAGAGAUGCGGUUAAAACCGGGGCGGCGGUGUGCUGAUAGCAGUUCGCUGUAAUCGUCAGGCUUCACUUAUUCUGUUGGAGGAGAAUGACACUUCUUGACCAAUUAUGUGUGCGAAUUCGAGGUGCGAUCGCUUUUCUUUAUAUUUGCGUUUCUUAUAUUCAACCUUUAAGUAAUGAUAGUAUCUAUAAGCCGCAUGUUAACAAUGUGUUAGCCCUUCUGAAUGUUACUGGGGAUAACCAAUUAUGUGUUUUGGGGGACUUUAAUUUAAGCAACAUAAGUUGGCAGUACCUAGAUAAUAACGUAUUUUUAACUCCGUCAAAUAUCAAUACUCCUACGGAAUCUUAUUUUAUUGAUAAUUUAUUGGACAUGGGUUUAACUCAGAUUAAUGAUAUAACUAAUGGAAUGAGUCGCUUUUUAGAUUUAAUAUUUAUAAGCGACGACUCGCGCUUUGAUGUAUCACAACCUGCCUCUUCAAUAUCGCCGGUUAACUUACACCAUAUUCCCUUAGUGCUAGAUUUUGAAUCUGUUGAAUUUUUUGAAGUAUGUUCUGAGACCGCUAAAACUUCCUUCAAUUUUGCUGCAUGUGAUUUUAAGAUAUUAGAGAUUGCUUUACGUGAAAUUGACUGGAAUAUACCUUUCGGGAAUAAUGACGUCGCUGAGUGCUUUAAGAUGUUUAAAACUUUAGUGCUGGAUCUGUGUUUCAGACACGUUCCAGUUUUUACGAUUAGGAAUUACAAAAAUCCUUGGUACACGAAAGAUCUCAAAUUUCUGAAGAAUUUGAAAAACGAGUUCUUCAAGAAGCUUAAGUCAGCUAAGGAAGUUCGCUUUUAUGACUUAUAUAUCUCCCACAGGAACAAGUCUAGAGACUUAAAUAAAUCGUUGUUUAAUAAAUACAUUCAAAAUUUUGAGGUUAACAUAAAAACUAAUCCGAAGAACUUUUGGCGAUAUAUUAAAUCGAUGAAAAAAGCCUCUGGUAUUCCAAAUUCCGUUUUAUAUAAUGACGUCACUGCUUCCUGCCUUCAGGAUGCAGCAAAUUUAUUUGCUGAUUUCUUCGCAUCAAACUUCGUGUCUGAUGUUGAUCUUCCUGUAGAUGAUUUGGCAGCCGUUCGCCGAAA